UUUAGGCUAUAUAUAUUUCUUAAAUAGGUUAAAGUCAUAGAGAUUUUUUUAUUUAUUUUUUUUGGGAAUAGCAUUUCGCCCUGGAGCGGUGCGCAAUGCUAUCUCAUGCCGACCUCCUGGAUGCUCGCCUCGGGAUGAAGGAUGCCGCGGCGGAGCUCCUGGGCCACAGGGAGGCUUUAAAGUGCAGGCUCGGCGGAGGGGGACCUGACCCGGGACACUCCGGGGAGCUCGGCCCGGGCCCGGACGGCGUGGAAGGGGCCACGAUGCUCCCGGGCGAUGAUAUCAGCAGCGGCGGCGGAUCCAACGCGGUGCAGGUCAACAGCAAAGAGCAGGAGAAGCAGCAGCAACAGCAGCAGCAACAAAACAACAACAACAACCCAAACCAGUCGGGAGGGCAGCAGACCCAGAAACAGAAGCGGCACCGGACCCGCUUCACCCCGGCGCAGCUCAACGAGCUGGAGAGGAGCUUCGCCAAAACGCACUACCCAGAUAUCUUCAUGCGGGAGGAGCUGGCUCUGAGGAUCGGUCUGACGGAGUCCAGAGUGCAGGUCUGGUUUCAGAACCGACGCGCCAAGUGGAAGAAGCGCAAGAAGACCACCAACGUCUUCCGGGCUCCGGGGACUCUCCUGCCGACGCACCACGGCCUGCCCCAGUUCCCGUCCGCCGCGGCGGCAGCGGCGGCCAUGGGCGACAGCCUCUGCUCCUUCCACGCCAACGACACCCGCUGGGCCACGGCAGGGAUGCCCGGCGUGUCUCAGCUGCAGCUACCGCCGGCUCUGGGCCGCCAGCAGGCCAUGGCCCAGUCCCUGUCUCAGUGCAGCCUCGGCGCCGGGCCGCCGCCCAACUCCAUGGGUCUAUCCAACAUGUCGUCAAACGGCUCCGGGCUGCAGUCGCACCUCUACCAGCCCACGUUCCCCGGGAUGGUACCCGCGUCCCUAUCCGGCCCGACCAACGUGACCGGCUCGCCUCAGCUGUGUAGCUCCCCGGACAGUGACGUCUGGAGAGGGACAAGCAUCGCCUCGCUGCGCCGCAAAGCGCUGGAGCACACAGUAUCCAUGAGUUUCACCUAGUGACGAGGGCCGGCGUGAAUGUGAAGAGCUUUUCUUUCACUCACACAGAGAUCUUCUGCAUUUAGUUCUUAUUCAUCCAGUCCAUCCAAAAGGUGCACCGGGAAAAAUACAACCAGGAUAUCUGUUCACACCACAAACCGCAGAGCUGUACUCCUGGCACUUUUUUUCCUCAUACACCACAAACAAGAGGGAAAACUGAAGCUAUUUAUCAGGCCCGUUGGCCUUUAUCAAGCAUAGGGCUGGCUCUGUUUUAAGCUAUAAGUUAUUAUUUCGCAUGUAGCCUAUGGCGACUAUUUAUUUGUCUAUUUAAAUUAACUUAUUCGUUUGUUGAGUAUUUAUUUAUUUGGCACACGCAGCCCUCGCUUUUAUUGUUGCAGGGCUUUUCAGUGACAUUUGCUUGGUGACUGACGGUUUUUGAAGACAAAUUCUGUGGAUACUUUGAAAUACAAAAACUAGGUUACAGAUUCCCUGUUCAAACCUGCUGCACAGCAUGCAACCUCGUGAAGGCUAAGGGAAGGUGAUGCACGGUGGACGUGCAGAAACACCUGGAAGUUUUAAAAGAGUGAGAACGUGAGAGUCACCAGGAGUAAGAGAGAGAGAGAGAGAGAGGGAGGGGGAGAACUGAUCUGACAGGAAUCAGGACAACAUGGGAAAGAACUUGACUGCAUGUGCUGUCCAAGGCAAAAAAAAUAAUAAUAAAAAAAAUAAGGGAAAUACUAUAAAUUAAGACAUGGAAACUGACUCUAACUAUAAUCUGUUAUAUAGGAUGUUUUUGUGUAGCGGAAGCACUCUUGUUCCCAUUUGGUCAGUUUGUGAUAACUUAUGUUUCCAAAAUUCUGUCUGUGCUUAUUAUCAAAUAUGACUUUUUCUUAAAUGUUUGAACCAUUUUGUUUCAUGGACAUGUUUAUAUCAAUUCAAUGUAAAUGAUCAAAUAAAAAUCAUUUUCAAUU